UCUGCUGCAGCUGACCAAGGCUGGCCCUCAGAACAACAGGAGGAGAAGGAGAAGCAGACGGACAUCAGAACCAGAGCAGCUGAGGACCGAGCAGCUUCCACUGCAGCAGAAUCAUGAGUGUGGAUGAAGACGCUCACUGGUUGGAGUGGGUAACCAAACAGUUUGAGACUAUCGCCGGAGACGACAAAGAGAUCGACAUCGAUGAGUUUAAAACUGCACUCAAAGUCAAAGAGUCUUUCUUCGCUGAGCGCUUCUUUGCGCUGUUCGACUCUGAUGGCAGUGGAUCCAUCAGUCUGGAUGAGCUGCUCAAAGCUCUCAAUCUCCUCAUCCACGGCGAUGAGACAGAUAAGCUCCGCUUCCUGUUUCAAGUCUACGACGUUGACGGCAGUGGUUCCAUCGAUCCAGAUGAGCUGAGAACGGUUCUGAAGUCGUGUUUGCACGAGAGUGCGAUCUCUCUGCCAGAGGAGAAGCUGGACGAUUUGACGCUGGUUCUGUUUGAGUCAGCUGACAAAGACAACAGUGGCUCCAUCACCUUCGAAGAGCUUAAAGCUGAGCUGGAGAACUUUCCAGAAGUGAUGGAGAACCUCACCAUUAGCGCUGCUAACUGGCUGAAACCACCGGAUCCUGAUCAGAAGAAGCCUCAGGCUCCUCGGUAUCUAACCCGGGCCUACUGGCAGAACAACAGCCGGAAGUUGCUGUUCCUGUGUGUGUACGCUUUGCUCAACCUGCUGCUCUUCAUCAGCGCCAUGCUGUACCACAGCUACGGUGGCGGCUGGUUCAUGCUGGCCAAAGGCUGUGGACAGUGUCUCAACUUCAACUGCACCUUCAUUAUGGUGUUGAUGCUGCGCCGUUGUCUGACGUGGCUCAGGGCCACCUGGGUGGUCAGAAUUCUUCCUCUGGACCAGAACAUCCUGCUCCAUCAGAUCGUGGGCUACGCCAUCCUUGUUUUCACACUGGUGCACACGGCGGCGCACGUUGUUAAUUUUGCUCGGAUGACGGCGAGCGGUGGCUUCAGUCUGUGGGAGUACCUGCUGACCACCAGGCCGGGGGUCGGCUGGGUGAAGGGAACGGCGUCGCUGACCGGGGUCGUCCUUCAGCUGCUCAUCUGCCUCAUGGUGUUCUGCUCCAGCACUUUCGUACGGCGCAGCGGGCACUUCGAGGUGUUCUAUUGGACUCACCUGUCCUACAUCUUGGUCUGGAUCCUCCUAAUCAUCCACUGUGCAAACUUCUGGAAGUGGUUUGUGGUUCCAGGUGUGGUUUUCCUGCUGGAGAAGAUCGUGGGAAUCGCUGUGUCUCGAAUGGGAGGCCUUCACAUUGUAGAAGUCAACCUGCUUCCAUCCAAGGUGACUCACCUGGUGAUCCGACGCCCCCAGUUCUUCCAGUUUAAACCUGGAGAUUACAUCUACAUUAACAUCCCGGUGAUAGCCAAGUAUGAGUGGCACCCGUUCACCAUCAGCAGCGCCCCCGAGCAGACAGACACCAUGUGGCUUCAUGUGCGCUCCAUGGGUCAGUGGACCAACCGCCUGUACGAGUACUUCAGGCAAGCCGAGAGCCAGGAGGUUUGUCCCAAGAGGCUGGCCACCAGCCUGAGGAAGCGCCAGCAGCAGAAGGACCAGAUGUUCCUCAGCUCUGACUCUGAGGGGGCCGUCCCUUCUAACCAGGACGACGACGUCAAGCUGACCAUGUUCCGUCAGAACGGAUCGCAGUCCGGAUCGGCCUCAGAGGAGCCGGGACUGGCUGAACGAGGGGAGGGCUCCCUGCUGAGGGAGAUUUCUACUAAGUCUGCAGAGAACCACAGAUUCUGCAACAUCAAGUGCUACGUUGAUGGACCGUAUGGGACGCCGACCCGUCAGAUCUUUGCCUCUGAACACGCUGUGCUGAUCGGAGCUGGAAUAGGAAUCACACCAUUCGCCUCCAUCCUGCAGAGCAUCAUGUACCGGUACCGCAUGAGGAAGCACAACUGUCCCAACUGCAACUACUCCUGGUGUGAAAACAUCAAAGACAACGACAUGGAGCUGCGUAAAGUCGACUUCAUCUGGAUCAACAGAGACCAGCGUUCCUUCGAAUGGUUCGUUAGUUUGCUCACCAAACUGGAGAUGGACCAGGCUGAUGGCGAGCCAGAGGGGCGCUUCCUGGAGAUGCACAUGUACAUGACAUCAGCUCUUGGCAAGAACGACAUGAAGGCCAUCGGCCUGCAGAUGGCGCUCGACCUUCUGGCCAAGAAAGAGGAGAAAGACUCCAUCACAGGCCUGAAGACCAGAACUCAGCCAGGCCGACCCGAAUGGGGGAAGGUGUUCCAGAAACUGUCAGAGGAAAACAAAGGUAAAGUGCACGUGUUUUACUGCGGCGCUCCGGCUCUGGCUAAAGUCAUCAAAGCUCAGUGUGAAACGUUCGGCUUCAACUUCUACAAGGAAAACUUCUGAAGACGUCUGCUGCAGCUCUGUUUGUUCUCACAUCUUCAUGAAGACCAAACUCGACAGAAAAUCUACUCAAGGAGCCUCCAGGAAACAAAGGGAGCAAACUGGUUCCCAUGAUGUAGGACUCUAGUUUAGACUUAGAGUCAAGUAAUGUUAGGAAUUCAAUGUUGGUUGGAAGUAAAGGAGACUGGGCUGUAAUCCAAAUGUCUCUCUAAUUAGCAAAUGUUUGAAUUAAAUUUCUUUUUUUAUUUUAGAAAAUGAUAAAACCCUG